AUGGAAGAGCAAGAUAUGAAAAUGUGUUAAAAACAUAAAUUAGAAAUAAUUUUAGUGGACUUUGAUUCAAAGAUUGCUUAAGAAGACAGAUGUUUAUGUAUAAGGUGUAUUAUUGAAAGAAUGAAUAAGAAGAAAAAGAAUUUAAUUGAUGAAACAAAGUUUAUGAUUAAAGAAAUGAAAAUGAAUUAAGAAAAUUAGAGAAUUAUAGAUAGUAAAAAGAGACUAGACAAUUUCAAUGGAAUUGAAUAAUUAUUAAAAGAACUGAAAUAAAACAUAUAUUCUAUAUUUGAUAAAAUAUUUAAUAAUAUUUUAUCUAAAUUUAAUUGGAUAUAAAGCGAUGUAGCAAAUAUUGAAUUAUAAUCAAUUAUAUUCAAUUUUGAAGAAGACAUUGAAAGUUUGUCUUAAUAUUAAGAAUAUUAAAAUAAUGAAUAAUAAAUUAAACUUAUUGAAGAUAAUCAUAAGCUAGUUGAAUAAAUUUAAAAGUAACUGGAAUCUUCCAUAAAUUCUGAAUAGUAUAAUAAAUUAAUGAGUCAUUCAAUUAAUAAUACGAAUCAAAAAAAUAGAAUAGGAUUAAGAAAAUAAUGA